AUGACUACUACUUCGAUGUCUGAUAUCUCAUCAUCUACUACUCCUGUUGUUGCUGGAGAAACCUCUGCGCCAAAAGUAGUCUUGGGGACUACAAUUAAGUUGAAUGGUACUAACUAUCUGCUCUGGGCACAAGCUUUCCGGAUCUUCAUUGGCGCUCAGAGCAAACUGCCUCAUCUUCUGGCAUCUCCACCACCACCAUCUGAUCCCACCUACAACUCAUGGCUCUCCUCUGAUUACUGUGUUAUGACUUGGCUUCUCAACAGUUUGGAUGCACAGAUCAGUAGCAGUGUUAUGUUUUUAACCACUGCAAAGGAAAUGUGGGACAGCCUGAAGAUUAUGUACGGGAAUGAGAAGAAUGUUUCCCGUGUUUUUGAGAUUUAUGAGAGACUAUUUGCGAUCAAACAGGGCGAUAAGACAGUUCCAGAGUUCUUUGGUGAGUUGAAGGGACUGAUAGACGAACUAGAAAUGCAUCAGCCUGCAGUAGCUGAUGCGGCGACAUUGUUGGGGUAUCGCCGCGAUCUGGCUGUCUCCAAGUUUCUUUCUGGACUGCACCCUAAUUUACAGUCUCAGGUACGGGGACAAAUAUUGGGUGGCGAUUCGAUUCCCUCCCUGACUGCUACAUUCUCCAGAGUCAUGCAGGUCUCUACUGGUGUUUCUUCUGAUACUUCUGCACCGUCUCCACCUUCAGUGGAUCAGUCUGCCAUGUUCUCUAGUAGAGGCAGAGGCCGCGGUCGUGGUCGUGAUUCUUUGGGAGGACGUGGCUCUUUUAGUGGGAGACAGGGUGAUUCUGAUAGGGGUUCACGUCAGUGUGGUCAUUGUGGGAGGACCAAUCAUAUUUCUGAGAAAUGCUGGGAGAAGUUUGGUCGUCCUUAA